AUGGUGACACCCAGGUGUGUCCGGAAGUGUUCGCCCAGCUUCCGGCGGCGCGCCCCACUUCCGGGGUUAGUCGGGAUGUUGCGUGCGGUGAGCGGCGGCGGCCGCCGCCUCCGGUUUCUGCUGCCCGGGCGGGCCGUCGCCCCGCCGGCCUCCGGCCGCCUCCCUCCGCGGCCGUGCCUGCAGCGGCGGCUCCUGCAACAGGCAGCCCCGCCCGCCGCGCCCCCGCCCGCCGUGGGCCGGUGGCUCCUGGCUUGCAGCGGCGCCGUGGCCGGUGCCGUGGUGCUGGGCGGCGUCACCAGGCUAACAGAAUCGGGUCUUUCUAUGGUUGACUGGCACCUGGUGAAAGAGAUGAAACCCCCGAGAACGCAGCAGGAGUGGGAAGCUGAAUUCCAGAAGUACCAGCAGUUCCCAGAGUUUAAAAUCCUGAACCAUGACAUGACGCUGACAGAGUUCAAGUUUAUUUGGUACAUGGAGUAUUCGCACCGUAUGUGGGGCCGUGUUGUGGGUCUGGCCUACAUUCUGCCUGCUGCCUACUUCUGGCAAAAGGGCUGGCUCAGCCGCCCCCUGAAGGGCUGUGUCCUUGCGCUUUGCGGGCUGGUCUGCUUCCAAGGACUGCUGGGAUGGUACAUGGUGAAGAGUGGGCUGGAAGAGAAACCAGACUCUUACGACAUUCCUCGGGUCAGUCAGUACCGGCUUGCAGCACACCUCGGCUCCGCACUGGUUCUGUACUCUGCUAGCCUGUGGACAGGGCUGUCUUUGCUCCUUCCACGACACAAGUUACCUGAGACCCAUCAGCUCCUUCGCCUGAGGCAAUUUGCUCAUGGCACUACAGCUAUCAUUUUUCUUACCGCUCUUUCAGGUGCCUUCGUGGCAGGGCUGGAUGCUGGCCUUGUGUACAAUUCCUUCCCCAAAAUGGGGGACCGUUGGAUCCCAGAUGAUCUCCUCGCCUUCUCCCCCGUGCUGAGAAAUAUCUUUGAGAAUCCUACAACUGUACAGUUUGAUCACAGGAUCUUGGGAAUCACCUCGGUCACAGCCGUCGCAGCACUGUACCUCUUCUCGCGGAAGAUCCCACUCCCUCACAGGACCAGGAUGGCAGUGACUUCCUUAUUGGCUGUGGCUUGCAUGCAGGUGGGCCUUGGCAUCAGCACCCUGCUGCUCUACGUCCCCACGCCUCUGGCCGCCACACAUCAGUCGGGCUCCCUGGUGCUGCUCAGUGUGGCGCUCUGGCUCAUGAGCGAGCUCCGGCGGGUCCCCAAGUAACCCGCCGGAGGGAGAGCCCUCCGGGGGAGCUGCGGGGCUGGGCCCGGAGGCGGCGGAGACACCCCCACCCCCACAAAAUCCCGGGGGCGCGGAGGGGAUGUGCGCCCAGCCGGGCUGCGCGCAGGGAGGAGGCGGCGGGUGCGAGUGCGAACUUUGUAACAUAAAGGAGUUUUUACGGAG